AGGGACAUCUUAACGUUUUUUGACUUAAGACAUUUGCUAAGCUGAGAUUGAUAAAUCCCGGGCCUGGAUCUUAAAAACAAAUUACUACAUUAGGACCUAAUGCGAAGCCUGGUGGUUGUCGUGGCAGAGCCCAGAGUCUAUGGGCCGAGCUCAGUAGGCAUACGUCAGGGAAACUCCUUUAGCUUAUGAAUUUAAGGGAUCUAAUCGAUUUAAGAAUCUAAUAAUUUGCUUUAAUAAAGUUUUAAAAUGUGUAGUAUCUUUGCUGUUAGCGAUCUACUGAAUCCACUGUGUUCCAAACAGGACUACAUGCUCAGGUAAAUGACUGCAGUAGCCUAACAUAUUUCCAUAAUAUGUAUUACUUCACUUACUUGUUACUUGUUCCACUUAUAGCUGUCAUCAUGUUGAAGACACUUGGCCAUAAAAGAAAAAUUAUAUUUACUCCUUUUGAAUUAUAUUGUAUAUUUAGUCAUGGGAAGCGAGGAGGAGAAUCUCGAUUUAUAUUUAGGAUUCGUGUUAGAAGAUAGACCCGCCGCCGACACGUCAGACGCGGUGGUUACUGUGCUGAUAAACGAUGAGCCCCUGCCGUCAGGUCAACUAAAUAGAUCAAGACUCGUCUUCCAAGUGGAGGAUUCAAAUCCUUACCAAUAUGAAUCGUAUGGACCUGACAUCCAAGAACCUACAAUGCGUUUUAGUAGAAACGCCGGCGUUUCAGAACAUUCGAUACAAGUCUACUUCUAUUUGUCCAUACCCAAACUUCAGAAUCGCUCUUAUACGUUGGUUCCUAAAUGGAAAUCGCCACAACUUGACAGCAGCAAUUUGAAAAUAAUAGGUAUUGAGAAGUUUUUUAAUGAAAAUUCGAUGUAUGGACUCAACAUACCCUGUGUGACGAGGCCAGUAACCGAUGGCAUUCCAGGGAGAAGCGUCGUGUUAGGUAGAAUGGUGAAUGCCGGAUAUAGCGCUCAGUCCUCACGCUACAACGAAAUCUAUGCAAAGGUAACCGUGAGCCAUGAAAUGUGUAACCUGCAUGCAGAGGGCGCAAAUGCAUUUUACCUAUAUGCUCACUAUUCUCCAACACAGUUUGUGUACGUGGAAUCGAGUGUUAACUAUGUUCCUGUUGAAACACAGCUAACAGCCCAUCAUAGUCCGCCGGUUCUUGUAGUGGAAUGUUCUCCAACAAACGAUGUCUUGGUGUCAACACCUGUUGACUGCACAGUUAAUGUUACAUUUGCUGAAUCACAUACAUCCGUGAACAUCGACAUUCAACUUACGUCGUCAGGAGAUCUGUUAGUGUUCAAUUUUAUACUCGACGCGAUCCACGUUCACACGGUCGGCAGCAGGUUGAAUUUGAGCACAGAUGCGUUCUCUUACCAGUUAAGCUCCUCGGAGGACGCUGCGGUGGACGAAAAACUUCUGACCAAUAUUGGCUCAGUGGAGCUUAUAGAAAAUACAUGUGCGAGAGGAUGGCAAUUUAAUGGUAACAAGUGCUACACGUAUGCUGGUAAUGCAUCUUCUUAUAGUAACGCAACCCGAAUGUGUAAUGAUGUGAACGGUACUAUAAUAUCCAUUUUAUCCGAGCAUGAAAAUACAUUUGUAAGACAAUUUGUGAAUAACAGCAACGGUAGUCUGGUCAUAUGGCUUGGAAUAACAGACUUGUCGGUAGAGGGCGAUUGGAGGUGGGCCGAUGACAAAGAUGAUUCCGUCUACUCAAAUUGGCAGACACUGAAGGCAUGUGAUUGGACAACGAACUGUGCAGUUAUUGAUGUUAAUGGAACAUGGACUUUCAAACAAUGUGAAGGACUUGAUUUAGACAUAGCUGUUGUUUGUGAACAAGAAAUCGUUGAGAAAGCUCAGCAGACAUCCUUUUGUAUGGACUUCUCAUUUAUACCGCUGUCAUCACCACAGGACUUUAUCAAUAUAGCUGUUUUAGUAAAUAAAGACGGUCUUAUAGAAAAUACCACUACGCAGGUCUCCAUCAGGCGUGACGCAUCAUCGAGGCCGGUAUUACAGCUGACCUAUGAAUUUAAUUCUUCAGAAAGUUAUAAUCUUGGGUAA